GAUGUAAACCUUAUUUUGAGUAUAUAUAAUAAUUAAUAAAACUUCCAUAUUGAUUGAAAACUUGCGGAAGAAAGGUAGAAAUCAACCAAAAUCUGGACUGACGGUCCCAAAAUCAUAUUCUGGCCACUCUAAAGGUCUCGAGAUUUAAAGACUGGGGUGCAUUGUCAAAAGUGUGAACUGAUUAGUUCAAGUUUAUCUACAUGCAAGCAAAAACUACGAUUCGGGUAAAAACUGAGUGAAAACUGACCGAUGAUUAUGAAAAUGGGUAGCAAACAUUUCGAGGGAAGUGUGGAAAAAUCAGCUGUAUAGGCCACCUCAUCAUUUCUUUCUUAACCUCCUACAUGUUUGUACCUGUAGUAGCCUAGAUGGGGAUUAUCUCGUUUGCAGGAUUUCAUUUGGGAUUUUACCUAAAUCUGUAUAUUUAAGCACCUUUGUGCGCCGAACCAGUUGCAAAUUUUUUAAUUUCCAGCUGUUUUAAUACAAAAUACUCUUCAUCUUGUCAAAAAUAGAUUGGGAAUCAGUAUAAAUCUCCUAGAGCGUACUGAUCGGCUAGAUUCAUUAGAGCAAUAAACGGGUUGAGUAGCUUCAGCUAGACUUUAAACAAGACUAUUAACCGUAAAAUCUCCUGAAGAGACUUGUGUGGCUCUUUAGAUGCCAUUCUUCUACCACUUAAAGAAUUUCUUGAAAGACAAUAGCCUUCACACUUCAGGACAUUUUUAAUUUUAUGAGGAAUAAUAUUCCAUGCCUAGUCAGACUCAUACUAAGGUCUAUUUUAGUCUAGUGAUACAACAAAGCCCAUGGGAGUAUUUCCAAAACAAUCUUCUUCAUGAA